AUGAACAUGGUGAAAGGUCCUUUUACGUAUACUUUUUUACUAAACCAGGACAGUCAAAACGGUUAUUGUAUACAACCUUUACCAGAAUUUCAAGACAAUUUCCACGUUAUAACAACUGUUGCUUUAGAUAUUCCUGCCAGAGUUCCAUAUGGAGGAACAGUAACUAUCUCAAGCUUUCCCAAGGGCUAUAAAGGAAAGCCUCUCACAAUUGCAAAAUUCACACACAGCAGUUGCCAAUUUGUUCAAGAUGUCGAGUUCCAUUUCCUCAACAAUACGACUUUCAUCAUAGAGACUCCUCAAGAAGGUAUAUACAAAGUUUUCAUCGCAGGAUUUGUUGCUCCCAAUGGCGAAGAAGAAGUCGAAGAAAUCCUCACCUCAGAGAGCGAAGAAGAAGAAGUCGAAGAAAUCCUCACCUCAGAGAGUGAAGAAGAAGAAAAUUUCCAAGACAUUCAAGAUUCAGAAUAUACCGAAUAA